AUGAAGCAACGAUUGGAUGUUAUGAUAGAUGUGGCUUGUGGUUUAGAAUAUCUCCAUUAUGGUUAUUCAACUCCUAUAGUUCACCGUGAUUUGAAGCCUAGUAAUAUUCUACUGGAUCAAGACAUGGUUGGGCAUGUUUGUGAUUUUGGAAUUGCAAAGUUGUUGGGAGAUGGAGAAUCUAUGGUACAAACAAAGACUCUUGCUACAUUUGGAUAUAUUGCCCCAGAAUAUGGAUUGGAAGGAUUGGUUUCAACAAGUAGUGAUGCUUACAGCUUUGGGAUUACAUUGAUGGAAACAUUUACAAAAAGAAAGCCGAAGGAUAAGAUGUUUACGGAGGAGUUAAGCCUCAGGCGUUGGGUACAAGAUUGCUUACCGGAUUCCAUCAUUCAGGUUAUAGAUGUAGAUUUACUUCAUCAUGAAGGUGGACUGGUACAAAGGAAGAUUGAAUGCAUAUCAUCUAUCUUGCAAGUUGGUUUAAGUUGUACAACAUAUGUUCCUGAGGAGAGAAUAAACAUGAAAGAGAUUCUAAGAGCGCUCCAGAAGAUCAAACUUCAGUUUAUCAAAGAUAUCGUACCUUGA